GGCGCAACAUGCCCCAAGCGGAAGUUGCUGCUAUGUCGAACCUCCGAUUUGCUCCAGCUAGCUUCCCCGACGAGCUGGCAAACUUUGCGAUAAUGUCGCCGACGCUGUGAUAUUUGUUCUCGGCGUUGUUUCACCAUGUGGAGCGUGUGCGUAUUUGCGUUUGUGGCUCACUUCUGCUUGAGCGGAGCUGUUAAUUCGAGAAUUACAGCGGGAAAAAUCCGUUAUGCUAACGCCGAAAUUGAUGCACUUAAUUCCAUUCUGGCUGAUUUUGAGCUUCUGCCAGUGUCAGACCUCCAGUUGCACUCUGUGAGGAAGAGGGACGUGCACACCCCGUCCCACCUUGAGCGACUGGUCAGCUUCAGAGCUUUACACAGACAUUUCAAGCUGUACUUGACCACCAACACAGAGCUUUUCACUGACAAUUUCCAAGCUGUGUUUGUCGAUAAACUCGGAAGGGAGGAGAACUAUGACGUUCAGCUUCAGAACUACUUCACGGGGCAUGUGGUCGGUGAAGAGAACUCUCGUGUGCAGGCACACAUUGAUGGCGAUGAGUUUUCAGCUCACAUUCUAACUGAUGAAGCAGAGUACAAUGUCGAGCCCUUAUGGCGUUUUACAGAGAGUGGUGGCGAUGACAAGUUGCUGGUGUAUCGCUCAGAAGACAUCAGGAAUCUGAGCCGCCUCGUGUCUCCAAAAGUGUGUGGUUACGUCCAUUCCAAGGACCUGCUGCCCGAGUCCACCAGGGCGGGUUGGAACGAGCCAGAAGUGAUGGACAAGAUAAAUGCUUUUCAUCACAGAGAAAAGCGCCAAGCCCACGACCACAAAAAGAACACCUGCCCACUGUUGCUAGUUGCAGACCACCGCUUCUUUAAACACAUGGGCCGCGGACAAGAGAGUGUCACACUCAAUUACCUGAUUGAAUUGAUAGAUCGAGUCGAUGACAUUUAUCGAAAUACAACCUGGGGUGAUGACUUAAAAGGCUACGGGGUCCAAAUACAUCAGAUGAUCAUCCACAAGGAUCCCACUAAACCUCCUCCUGGUCGUGCUGGCACCGGCUGGGUCCACUACAACAUGGAAAACAGUCCUGUGCGAGGGAAAAUGGUUUGGGAUGUCAAGAAGCUUCUGGAGCAAUUCAGCUCAGACAUAGCUGACAACGCAUCCACUGUAUGUCUGGCCCACCUGUUCACCUACCAGGAUUUUGACGAGGGCACCCUGGGCCUCGCCUAUGUUGCCCCCUCCAAACCUCAGGCCCUGGGUGGCCUCUGCCCCAAACCAUAUUAUCCAUCUUUGUCUGCCAAGAAGCCCAGUUACCUCAACACCGGCUUGACCAGCACCAAGAAUUAUGGAAAAACAAUCCUGACAAAGGAGGCAGAUUUGGUGACCACUCAUGAGCUGGGCCAUAACUUUGGAGCCGAGCACGAUCCGGACAACAUUCCAUACUGUGCUCCUAGUGACGACCACGGGGGAAAGUUUGUCAUGUAUCCAAUUGCUGUGAGCGGAGAUCAUGUCAACAACAAGCGUUUCUCCAACUGCAGCAAGAUCUCCAUAGGAAAGACGCUGCGUUACAAGGCUCCUGUGUGCUUUAAGGAGAGGAACAGCAAAGUUUGUGGGAACUCGCGAGUGGAAGAAGGGGAGGAGUGUGACCCCGGCUUGCUCCACCUUUAUGACGACCCUUGUUGCUCGUCGAUCUGCAAGUUCAAAUUUGGUUCCCAGUGCAGUGACCGUAACAGCCCGUGCUGCACAAACUGCAGGUUUAAGCUGGCAGGCACAAGAUGCCAAGAGCCCAUCAGUGCGACCUGUAAGGGCAUAGCCUCCUGCACAGGCAAUAGCAGUCGUUGUCCUCCCCCUGAAAACGCCGUCGACGACACAGUUUGCGUGGACAACGGACGGUGCCGCAAUGGAGAGUGCAACCCGUUCUGUGAGGCCUUGCAGAACCUUCAGUCCUGUGCCUGCACUGCAACUGAGGAUUCCUGCAAAGUGUGCUGCCGGAGGCAAGAUGGCACCUGCUCGCCCUUCGUCCUGAACAGUGGCAUCUUCCUUUUCCUACGUAAAGGGAAACCUUGCACUGUGGGUUUCUGCGAUGAGAACGGGAAGUGCAUGAAGCAGGUGCAGGAUGUAAUUGAGCGUCUCUGGGACUUCAUUGACAAACUGGACAUAAACACGUUUGGAAAAUUCCUGGCAGAUAACAUUGUGGGUUCUGUUGUGGUGUUCUCACUCAUCUUCUGGAUCCCUCUUAGUAUUCUGGUUCACUGCGUGGACAAGAGACUCGACCAGCAGUAUGAGGAGAACACAAUGUCGCUGUACCGCCCUCUGAAUGCUGUCAAUGACCUUUCUAUCACUCUUGGCCUUUUCUUACUGGAACUGCAGCAGACGCUGGAGGUUUGUAGUAGAGCUCCAGCCGGAGGACGCCCUCUGGGUUGAAAAAAAUAUUCAAAAACAUGCAUGGUAGGUUAAUUGACAAGUCUAAAUUGCCCGUAGGUGUGAAUGUGAGUGCGAAUGGUUGUUUGUUUGUAUGUGCCCUGCGACUGGCUGUCAACCAGUUCAGGGUGUACCCCGCCUCCUGCCCGAUGAUAGCUGGGAUAGGCUCCAGCACGCCCGCGACCCUAGUGAAGUGGCUCAGAAAAUGGAUGGAUGGAUGGAUGAAUUAAUUCAAAUGUGGUUGGAUCGUGGACUGUGAGCUGACUUACAGGCGAGGUACACCAUAAACUAGUCACCAGCCAUUUGCAUGGCACAUAUAGCUAAACAAUCAUUCACACCACACUAUAGACACAUUAGUUUUCAAUGAGUCUACCAUGUAUGUUUUUGGAGUGUGGGAGGAAGGUGGAGUACCCUGAGAAUAUCUACACAAGCACAGGGAGAUCCCAAAUCUUCUGACUGUGAGGCAGAUGUGCUAAGGAUUUAUAUGUGGCCUUUUACACAGAACCCAGGAAAGUGGAGUACACCCACAACCACAUGUGCUUUUACACAGUGACAAUACAUUUUGCAGUGAAGUAAUUAGUUGAUGGCAUGGUGUGAUAUAUAUAAUAGCUGUCUGCAACAAUUGCGUUCAACACAACAGGGCAGUAGAAGUGAGUGUCAUGUGUUAAACGUCACAGCCAUUUCCUAGCAUUGUGGAAUACCCUAACACACACGGGUGACAUUCCUCUACUGUUACGGCUCUGAUAGUACCUCUAAAGAGGGAAAAUUGGCAGGUCCGCUUCAGCCCGCAUUCUGUCGUAUGUACGGAAAAAGCAGGGAAAUGUUGGCUUUUCCCAGUCUUGUAAAAGGGGCGACAGUGUUGCUCUGACAUCACAUCAGGGGACUACAGAUGAAAACUAGCCUUCUGGCUAAUUCUGGCUUUUUUUACCAUGUGUACUUCAUGCGUUUUAUGAAAUUGCAUUGUCCCCUUUCAAAUAAACUGAUUAACGAUUAACAUUAGGUCUAAUAUUUUACUCAUUCAUACUUGUAAGUAGGACAUGAGAUGGGGUUUUUACCUGAGAUGAAUAUGACCUUCCUGCCAAUCAAAUCAAAACGUGGAUCAAAAGCCACGUUCCCACCAAGCAAUACGGUUUGGUUCAAUGUGCCAUGGUGCACUUUUGAACCACAAACCCUCAUCUGGGUUUCAGAGAAGCAAGCCUAUGUGCCCACAAUUGCGGCAUCUUUAUUAAAUUAGACGUCUAUAAAAUAGAAUAAACAUUGACAUGUAGCGUUCUGCAGAUUUUCUGGUUGCGAGGCGCCUAUAUGUUCGCAUUACUAACGUCUCAUAUUUGACCUGAUAUUUCUUGAAUUUGUGGAAGUUUUAAUGUUUUAGUUGAUUAAAUCAAUAAAACCUUUUAAGGAAUGGUACAAUUCCUCUUUCAAUUCUCUGAACUCCUGUUUCCAUGCCAGUUUUAUAUUGGAAAAAAAUAUUGCUCAACCCUUGAGGUCUUAAUGUUGCUUCACUUUCCAUUGCUGACAUUUUAUUGUGUUCAAGACCGUAAACUAGUUGAGUGAAUCAACAGCGCCUCUGCUGGUUCCAGCCAAGCAUUGCACUUUGUUCUGACUCAAGUACCUCAAUACACCAUUAAUCAACAAUGAAUUCCACAUAAUUCAAUAAAUCCAUGAUACCCAUAACUAGUUUAUAACUAGUUUUAACUCGUCUCAUUAAGAUGAACACGCUACAUAUGCUCAUUUACGGCCGUACUUAGUUUUUUUUAUUUGAUUGUUUAAUAUUUAUGGCCUAGAUGUGUUUUUCAUACAAAGAUUUACUGUGAUUAAGAGUUUACAUCUGCAUUAAUGUCAGUUAGUGAUCCACUACGUUGGAAUGCAACUUGGGUACAAAUUCAGGUUACGGCGCCGCCGUCGGAAUGGAACUUCCUCGUAAACCGAGAACCCCAUCUAUGUUUAAAAAAACAGAAAAUGCAGUUGAAUUUCAAAUGAUGUAUUUGAAUUUUCUGUCAACCAGUCUUUCUUGCCCAGGGACAUCACACAUGUUGAGGUGUGUGGGUGUUUCAAUACCCACACUUAUGGUGAAAGGGUUCACCAAUGCUUUUCCCAUUUCUCUACGGUACAACCGCCACACAGUUCGCAUACUUUAGCGCAACUUGCUUUUGGCCUGUCAUCUAGCGCCACCUUUUUUGUGUUAGUUUUACUACUUAAAUAAAAUCUAGGAGACCUGCAUAGUGUUGUCACGAUAUGAACAUUCUGACUUCCAUACUGUACCUACAUAAAGUGCCUUGAUACCGGUACUCAUAAGCUACCACAGCACAAAGAAAAAAUAUUUAUUUAUGUUGAUACAUAAUUUUCGGACCAAUCAUGUGAGCAUGAAUAAUUUCCUGUGGCACGCCAGAUGAUUUCUUGUGGCACAUUAAGGUUGGGAAUUACUGCUUUAAUCAAUCAUUAGUCAGUAUUCACGUAUUUUGGCUAUUUAGAUCUCCAUAGAGUGACUCUCUAACAUUGACUUAGUAUCCAUCCAUCCAUCGAUUUUCUACCGCUUAUCUGAGGUCGGGUCGCGGGGGCAGUAACUUUAGCAGGGACGCCCAGAUUUCCCUCUCCCCAGCCACUUCAUCCAGCUCUUCCGGGGGGAUCCCGAGGCGUUCCCAGGCCAGCCGAAAGACGUAGUCUCGCCAGCGUGUCCUGGGUAGUAUAAAAGUUUACAUUUCAUUUUCAAAAAAAUACCUUGGUUUUGUCAUACAAGUGUCCAGAAAAGGCCCCUCUGACAGUUACUUCUGUUUGACCCAGUUUUGUAUCCACUUUGUCCAUAUUUGGCUAAGACCGCCCCCUUUCCUCUGAUUGGUUGCCUCCGUGUAGAAGACCCACUUGUGAGAGCACACGUGUUGGGAGCGGAAAGGGAAGGCGGAGAUCUUCGCUAAACCAGAGAAAUUCGAAUGACCUGGUUUCAGUUGUCUCUGCAGAAAACCGUCUGGAACUCAGGAAUGCGUGGACGAUUUUAAUUCCUUUUUCACAUGUUUACUGAGGCACCAUAGAGGCAAUAUUACAUCCCAAAUACUAGAAAAAGUUGGUUUGGCAAAAUACUACACCCUUAUUAUUAUUAUGAGACUUGGUUACAUAACAAUAUGCAGAAAUCUAUCUUAUGGUUUUAUAUGUUUUC